CCUCGGGAGUAUCCAAGUUCGAACUCCCAAGAACGCGGUGAUGACGUUACCGGAAAAGAAAAUACACAACAAAGAUGGCGUCCGCCGUGGAGGCAGUGUCGGUGAAACUACACGUGGGUAAAAAGGGAAAGCCUCCGAAGCGCUACUGGGACAACCCUACAGAAAAUGAUGAAGACAUUAACAAGAAGAGUCGACAAGAUGAAGAAAGUGACUCGAAUCAAGGAAACACCCCAGGGGUUUCCCUUAACAAGGAAUUGGCAAAGGAGAGGCAAAAUAAAAAUGAUCGGCAAGGCAAGAUAGACCAUAUCUCCGGGGCAAAAGACCCUUUCCCUGGAGAAGCUCCAAUUCCCCAGGAACGUCUGAAGAAGUUUCAGAGAGUAGAGAAGACCAAAGUGACAUCUGGUUUGCGGACUAAGUUAAAAGAGGCCAUACACCGUUCUGAAGCAGAAUCAGAGCAUGCUCAAAAACAGGCAGCCAGAUUUGAUGUCUUGCUCCCAGAGGAUGCCGGUUUCCUAGAGGGAGAUGAGGGAGAGGAUACCUGCACCAUCUCUCAGGAUGACAUUGCAGAUGCUGUGGACAUCACUUCAGGAGCCAAGUAUUUUAACCUGAACCUAUCUCAGUUUGGCCCAUACAGACUAGACUAUAACAAAGCUGGGAGGCAUCUCCUGUUGGGAGGGAAACGAGGUCACGUGACCUGCAUAGAAUGGCAAACAAAAAACUUGGUGUCAGAAAUAAAUGUCAUGGAAACGGUCAACGAUGUGAAGUGGCUACACAAUGAAGAAAUGUAUGCUGUGGCCCAGAAAAAGUGGCUGUACAUAUACGACUCUAAAGGGGUGGAGCUUCACUGUAUUCGCAAGUUUAAUGACGUUCUCAGCAUGCAGUUCCUGCCAUACCACUUUCUCCUGGCCACAGCGAGUGCCACCGGGUUCCUGCAGUAUCUGGACGUGUCUGUGGGGAAGGAAGUGGCAGCCAUCAAUGCCAAGUUGGGUCGUCUCGGUGUGAUGGCCCAAAAUCCUCAGAAUGCCAUCAUCCAUCUGGGCCAUCCCAAUGGUAUUGUCAGCCUCUGGUCACCCAAUCAGAAGGAACCGCUCGUCAAGAUGCUUUGUCACCAGGGUGGAGUCCGCUCGCUAGCCGUGGACAAGACGGGGACGUACAUGGUGACAUCAGGUUUGGACAAGAAGCUGAAGGUUUAUGACAUCAGAUUUUUUAAACCUCUGCAGUCCUACUUCCUGCCAGCAGGGGCCUCUUGUCUCUCCAUCAGUCAGAAAGGCCUGCUGGCUGCUGCAACAGGAGAUAUUGUGCAGGUAUACAGAGAUGUGUGGGGGACGCCUGUGACGAAGCCCUACAUGGCCCACCGUGUGAGGGGAGGAGUCACAGGCUUGAGCUUCUGCCCUCAUGAGGAUGUACUGGGAGUAGGACACGCCGAUGGAUUCACCAGCAUGAUUGUACCAGGUGCGGGCGAGCCUAACUUCGACGCCAUGGAUGUGAACCCGUUGGCUGGCUUGAAGCAGCGGCGUGAGUGGGAGGUCAAGGCUCUGCUGGAGAAGGUCCAGCCCGAGCUCAUUUGUCUGGACCCGACGCAGCUGGGUAGAGUGGACCGGUCCUCCUGGGAGCAGAGGCACGAGGAGCGCGUGAAGGUUCUGGGUUAUGACCCGUUGGCUCAUGAGAAGUUCACACCUCGGAAUAAGAAGAAGGGCCGAAGCUCAAGCGGCGCUGUGGAGAGGAGGAAAAAGAAGGUUGCUCACGAAGAUCAGAGGGAUGUGAUUCGGAAAACCGUGGAGGAGAACAUGGGAAAGGAGAAGGAGCUGAAGGAGAAGGAAACGGCUUCUCUGUCUGCUCAAGGACAGAAGUCGGCACUGGACAGGUUCAAAAAGUGAGAAAGGGCAACACUGGAGAGAGGAUAACACCCUGUAUGGCAGGAAGAACAUGCCCUCAAGGGUGAGAGGGGCCUGGCCAUCAUGUGCACCAGUCCCUGGGCUGUUUGGACUGAAAUGGACAAAGAAACUGUGACAAACAAAUACACAUUUAUAAUUUUGGAAGGAUUUGUGUUCAUGGCUGAGAAACACCUCUUCAGUGCGAGUUCAGAAAUAUAGUGUUGUCCUGUCUGCGUUGACCACAUAAUACCAAUACAACUGUCCAAGGUUGUUUGUAUAGGUUGGUUGAACUAAACAAACAAAACAUUCAGCAAAUUUAGUGUGUAAGCCUCUGCCAUUGUUUUUGAGUUGUUAAACUCGUUAAACUGUCUUUUUCAACCUGACAUUGUGAGCACCUGAAGGGCUAUCUGUCAAAGCUGGAGAGAAAAAAACACGUAAAGAUAGACCAGUGAUGUGGACCAUUUCAGGAUACAUAUGAGUGUGAUCAGUUUUGAUGAUAAAAGGCUCAUUUCUAAAGAGUGCAUAGGGAUGAAUUAAAAAUAUCUUUUUUGGACCUGCA